AUGUAUCCUUCUGUUGUGAUCUUCCCCCCAAACAUCACUUAUACGCUCAUGUCAUUAUGUAAACGAUUACGUUAUGCGCAUGCGUGUGCUAGGAGAAGGGGGCGUUGUACGCGUAGCUCGAAUGUGGGGAUGUCGGAUUCCGAGGAGGAGGCGACACGGAGUGGUCGGCUUCUGAAGGUGGUCCUUCUCGGGGACGGCACGGCUGGGAAGACGUCCAUCGCCACCAGGUUCUCGCAGAACCACUUCGGCAAGACGUACCAGCAGACCGUCGGUUUGGACUUCUUCCUGAAGCGAAUCACUUUACCUGGUGGUGCAAGCGUGGGUCUACAGGUAUGGGACAUCGGCGGGCAGUCACUGGGAGGGAAAAUGCUGGAGAACUACAUAUACGGCUGCAACGUGGUGAUGUUUGUGUACGACAUCACCAACUACUCCAGUUUUGAGAACCUCGACGAUUGGCUGGCCAUCGUCAAGAGAGAAUGCUCCAAGGCAGAUACCAGACCACCACACUUUGCUCUCGUUGCAAACAAAACUGAUCUGGAACACAUGAGGACUGUACGCAAAGAAAAGCACACAAAAUAUGCUCAGCAACACCAAAUGUCCAGUCAUUUUGUCUCAUCCAAGACAAAUGAUAUGAUCAAUGCCUGCUUCCUGAAAGUUGCAGCAGAAGUCAUGAAGGUGAAGCUGACACCAGCUGACAUUCAGAGAGUGACCGUAUCCCCUCACAUCUAUUUGUCUAAACUGCAUGCAUUGAGAAAUCAAGAGUUCAUCGAGGUGGACAAGAAGGAGUCGGGCCUCGAGUGUCUGAACGACGUCAUCCACAGCAAGAAGCACCGGCAGACAUGGACGACGACGCACGAGCACAUCAUGAAGUUGUUCGUGGAGUUGUGCGUGGACCUCCAGCGCAGCGCCUUCGCCAAGGACGGGCUCUACCAGUACCGUAACAUCUGCAGGGAAGUCAGCCUCCACUCCUUCGAAGUCGUGGUGAAGCAUUUCCUGAAGCUGGCCAGCGACAGAGCCGAUGCAGCCAGGGAGGAGUCGGAGCAAGCCGUGCUGCACGAGGUGGAGGACCUCGACGUGAUCAUGACACCCGAAAACCUGCUGCUGAGUACAGUGAGCGGGGAGGGGGUGAAGGAGCGGUCGGACCGGGUGCUCCUGGCUCCCUGGGUCAAGUUCCUCUGGGAGUCCUACCGCAACAUGCUUGAGCUUCUCAAGAACAACAACACCAUUGAGAGACUGUAUGCCGAGGUCGCCAAAGAAGCGUUCAAGUUUUGCCUCAAGUACCAGCGGAGAACCGAGUUCAGGAAGCUCUGUGAGAUACUCAAGAACCACUUGACUCAGGCACAGAAGUACCAGUCGCAGAGCCACUCGCUGCGAUUCGAAAAUCCCGAAACCAUCCAGUAUCUCGUCGACGUCCGCUUCGAGCAACUCGAAUGCUCCAUCAGCAUCGACCUCUGGCAGGAAGCCUUCAAGGCCAUAGAAGAGAUCCACAACCUCCUGGAGCUGAGCGGGAAGGCACCGAGACCGGGGCUGCUUGAUAACUACUAUUCGCGGCAGGCCAAGGUGUACUGGAUGGCCAACAACAGACUGUUCCAUGCCGCGGCGCUCCACAAACUCUUUGUCCUGUGGAAGGAGCAGAAGAAGAGUGUCAGUCAGGAAGAACUGCAGAGGAUUGCCUCGCGUGUACUGCUGGCUACGCUCUGUGUUCCCAUAAAGCCCACCCCCAGCGACGUGGACAGGUUUCUGGAGGUGGACCAGGCCAACAGAGAAAAGGCCCGCCGACUCGCAGCCCUCCUUCGCAUGACCUCUCUCCCCACACGAGCCUCUCUCCUCAGAGACGUUGGUCGCCACAGUGUACUCCAGCACACCCCACCGGAGCUCCAGCUCCUCUACACCUGUCUGGAGGUGGAGUUUAACCCUCUCCAGCUCUGCAGGAAGGUCUCGCCCGUCCUGGACGGACUGGCCGACGACGAGAUUCUCUCUCAGUACGUGGAGCCAACCAGGGAGGUCCUGCUUGUCAGACUCAUCAAAGAGGUGUCCCAAGUGUACGAGACAGUAAAGCUGGACUGGCUGACAAACCUCGUUCCGUUCACAACCUCCACACAUCUGGAGACGGUGGUCAUCGAGACAGCUCACAGCAAUGGAAUACAGGUCCAUAUCGACCACCGGACCAACUGUCUCAGGUUUGGUAGCGACAUGAGUUUCUCCUACAAGAAUGAGAGCCCGGAAGGCCCUUAUGUACAGCCAAUGCCGUCGGAGGCUCUGUGCUGCCAGCUACAGAUGUUCUCCGCUGCACUCCAACAGGCCGUUCAGAUCAUCACAACCAAAGAGUCUGAGAGGGAGCAAGCGGAGACAAUGCGAGAGCUGUCUCAGUCGUACUUGGACCACGCGCGCGUCGAACACCGCAACGUUCUUGCCAGGAAGCAGCUGAUUGAGGCUCGCAAGGAGUACAUUGAGAGCCAGAGCAGAGCUAAGGAGCACAAGGAGAAUGCGGAGAAGAGGCAGAAGGAGGAGCAGGAGAGGAAGGCCGAACUGGAGCGCCUGGAGAGAGAGGCCGAGGAGAGGGCAGAGUCCAAAAAGAAGAAGAGAUAG